GACACGGUUACAGCUGAAGCAUCCAGUUCUUUUCCAUGACCUCACUAAUUUUCAAGUUACAGAAAUUCACACCCUACUUUUUGUACUUUAGGGUUUUCAGAUCUACGGUUUAUGAAGAGAUGUUCCUUCUGCAAGUCACAAUCAGGAGGGCAUCGAUUGUUGGAUUUUGCUGUUGCGAACACGAUUCUCUAUGUAAUUAAACUUGAUAUAAGCGGCUAGGUUUCAUAUAAAUGGCAUCGUUGGUCUUAGACACUUCGGAACCCAGUUGGUUCAUUUUGUCGCGAAGAGGGUUGCAAUGGCGUCGUCCAGCGCUGGCAACAAUAGUCAGGUCCCUCGAGUUCGUCAUUUUGAUCUAAUAGACGGAAUGCAACUCGAGAUUAAUAUAUCUGGAUCUGCGGGGAAGCACAACACGAGAAUUGAAUUUAAGCUCAAGAAUUGUACGAGGACUUGGAUUCUUCACUGGGGUUUUCUCUUUCGCGGGAAUAAGAAUUGGUUUAUUGCGGCUGAUGAUUCUUCAGGGGGGAAGUCUUACAAGCAUGGUGCUUUGCAGUCACAAUUCACGAAGCAUGGUCAGAUACAUGUGGUGAUCAUUGAGCUGCGAGAUCCUAAUGUACAUGCCGUUGAGUUUGUUUUGAAAGAUGGCCCUCACGACAGAUGGUUGAAAUUGAACCAUGGAAAUUUUAGGAUAGAGAUACCUGCAAGUGAUGCUCCUAUACCUCAUUCUAGCACACCAAAGGAACUAGCAGAACACAAGGCGGACUCACCAUGGGAUACUAAGGGCAGGCCUGUUAUCUCACCUCAACCGCAGAAGCAAGGUAAUAAUACAUUGAGAGAGAUCCUGAACCGUUUGUCAAAAGGAAUUUCCCUGAAUGAGCCCCGCAAUAGUUACGCGGCUGGAAAUACAAAAGCUGUAAAUGGUAAUGGGGAUCAAGUCAGGAGUGGCAUGCAAUACUCUUACAAAAGGAAAUAUAAUGUUGAAGAGUGGUUGCAAAGGCAUUCUGGAGAGCAUCCCAAAAGAUCCCAUGAGUCAACAUCAGCUCUGGUGGAUCUUAUAGAGACAUUUGUGGGUGGAACAGAUUUAAUCUCAUGGCAAAGAUACUAUGUUCACAACUACGAAAUAUUGGUAUUUUCAAAGAUCAUAAAUGGUGACUAUCACAUUUUUGUUGCUUCAAACACGAAAGGCACUACGAUACUUCACUGGGGUGUAUCUAAGUCUUCUCCUUGUGAAUGGUCGGUACCACCAACAGAUAUUUGGCCUGAAAACUCAAAACAGGUUUCUGGAGCAUGUCAAAGUUAUUUUAUGGAUAAGUUUAUAGGAAAUGGGUCCUUUCAGGUUAUAGAUGUUAAUCUGCAGAAAAGGAAUUUUGUUGGUAUUCAGUUUGUUAUCUGGACAGGUGGGUUUUGGAUAAAAAAUAGUGGGAAAAACUUCUUUGCUGAACUCAAACGAAAUAAUCCUACUGAGAGGGUUAAUACAGCUGUGGAAUGUGACAAGCAUGUUGAUAACUCAAGAUCGACCAUUAGGUUUAGUCAAGAUCUGAAAGAGCUUGUUGUAUGGUUGCUCCAUGAAAUUGCUCAAAGGGAGAAAGAAGCUGAGAGAUCUUUGAUGCACAGGUUCAAUAUUGCCACGGAACUGACAGAGCGCUGCAAAUCGGAAGGUGGAUUGGGGCUUAUAGGAAUAUUAGUCUGGUUAAGAUUCAUGGCAUGCAGGCACCUCACUUGGAACAAGAAUUAUAAUGUGAAACCACGUGAAAUAAGUGAAGCUCAGGACAGAUUUACUUGCGUGCUGCAAAAAAUAUACCUAAACCAGCCAAGUGAUAGGGAGAUAGUGAGAAUGAUAAUGGCAUGUGUUGGACGUGGAGGGCCAGGUGAUGUUGGUCAGAGAAUUCGUGAUGAAAUACUUCUGAUUCAGAGAAAUUAUGAUUGUAGGACAGGCAUGAUGGAGGAGUGGCAUCAAAAGUUGCACAACAAUAGUAGCCCUGAUGAUAUAAUAAUAUGUGAGGCCCUCAUACAUUAUGUAAGGUGCGGUUUCAGAAUUAAUGUUUAUUGGGAAACACUAAAUGCAAAUGGUCUCACAAGAGAGAAACUUGCAAGCUAUGACCGCCCAAUUGUUUCAGAACCGGAUUUUAGAUCUGAUUUCAGGGAUGAUCUUAUCCGUGACCUUACUGCAUACUUGAAGACAUUAAAGGCUGUUCAUGCAGGUGUUGACCUUGAAUCCGCCAUUGAUGUUUGCUUGAGUUCUUCUUUCAAGGAUGGCACUGUUGAAAAGGCAAUCAAACAUAGGUCCGCUGCUGGUUUGCCAUCAAACCUGCUGGUAAUUGCAUUUUAUUGGCAUUUCAAGUCAAUUCGUGCAUAA